AUGGAACAAAAGAUGCAGGCCCAGGAGUUCUUCGACCAAUGGCUUGCCCAAGCUCAGGCGCGCCUUCGGGAGCCUCCCUUCGAUAAUGUACCGUUAUUCGCCUGGAUGGCUCUCUGGCCUUUGAUCCUUGUCAUCAUCGUGGUGUACUUCAAGGGCGAGCACGACAAGCCGAUCCGGUAUCGAGUGCCCUCCCCCAAGGUUCCUGAGCCAAAGGAAAUCCUUCAGAAACCAAAUAUCAAGGUCUCCGGCGCGAGCGCAAUCCAGUGUUAUGCCCCAGCCACCGGCCAAUUCCUCGGAUUCGUCAACCCCUCGAGCCCGGCUGCCAUCGACCGUGCCAUCGACGCCGCAGAGGCUGCACAGAAGACAUGGGCCAGUACCAGCUUUAGGGAAAGACGCAAGGUCCUGCGCUCAAUGCUGCAGCAUGUACUCGACAACCAGGAGGAGAUCUGCCGCGUGGCCUGUCUCGACUCUGGGAAGACGAUGGUCGACGCCCAGCUCGGCGAGAUCCUUGUUACAGUCGAGAAGCUGCAGUGGACCAUAGACCACGGCGAGAAGGCUUUGACUCCCAACAGGCGGCCGACAAAUCUUCUCAUGAUGUACAAGAAGAAUACUGUCCAAUAUGAGCCUCUGGGCGUGGUUGCAGCUCUCGUGUCGUGGAACUACCCUUUCCACAAUCUCAUAGGACCUAUGAUCUCGGCAAUCUUCUCUGGAAACGGUAUCUUGGUCAAGGCCUCGGAGCAGACUGCUUGGAGUGCUAGCUACUUCGCGAGUAUCGCCAGAGGAGCCUUGAUCGCCCACGGACACGAUCCAGCCUUGGUGCAGACCGUCGCAUGCUGGCCUCAAGUUGCGAACCACCUUACCUCACAUCCCAAGAUCUCACAUAUUACCUUCAUUGGCUCCCGUCCAGUGUGCCACAAGGUUGCGGAGUCAGCUGCCAAGGCUCUCAUCCCAGUUGUCGCCGAGCUGGGAGGAAAGGACGCCUGCGUCGUGCUGGACUCAGCUAAGGGCGACCUCUCCCGAAUAUGCGAGACACUCCUCCGGGGCACCUUUCAGGCAGCAGGUCAGAACUGCAUCGGGAUUGAGCGCAUUAUUGCCACGCCUGGAGUCUACGACAAGCUAGUCGAACGUCUCGAGCCUCGCGUCAAGGCCAUUCGCCUGGGCCAAGAAGCUGACAUGGGCGCACUGAUCUCUGACGCCUCCUUCAGCAGACUAGAAGGCCUGGUCCAAGACGCAGUCAAGAAUGGCGCGCGUCUGCUCUCAGGCGGAAAGCGCUACGCCCACCCCGAUCAUCCCAGUGGCCACUACUUCAGCCCGACCUUGCUCGUCGAUGUUACGGCCGACAUGGCCAUCGCCCACGAGGAAUGCUUCGGUCCCGUCAUGGUGCUCCUGCGAGCCCCCUCCAACACCGCAUCUGACGUUCUUGGUGUGGCCAAUGCGCCUGACUUCGGCCUCGGUGCCAGCGUUUUCGGGCGGGACUCGGACCCAGUACUGCAGGCCGUCGUGAAGGGCUUGAAGAGCGGCAUGGUCGCCAUCAACGACUUCGCCGCCUUCUACGCCGUCCAGCUGCCCUUUGGCGGGGUGGCUGGCUCAGGGUACGGCCGUUUCGCCGGCGAGGAGGGCCUGAGGGGUCUGUGCAACAUCAAGGCUGUGUGUGCGGACCGAUGGGGAUGGGCCGGUGUCAGGACGAGCAUCCCGCCGCCCAUCAGGUAUCCGAUUGACAGCCAGGACCGGAGCUGGAAGUUUGCCAAGGGUGUCGUGGAGACAGGCUACGGCCUGGGCGCGGCAAGGAAGGUCGGAGGUGUGCUUGGAAUUUUGAAGAACAUGUGA